UGGCGGCGGCGCUGCGGGAGGAGCGGGGAUGCGUCUGCUGGAGCUGCUGGAGCUGCUGGUCGCCGCCUGCGCCCUGCUGGGACCCGCCUGCGCCGCGGCCGCCGAGCCCAGGGCCGUGUCCCCAGAUAAGUUGUUGGUGAUCACCGUGGCAACCAGAGAGACCGAAGGCUUCAAACGUUUCAUCCGGACUGCAAAGCACUUUAACUACACUGUCAAGGUCCUGGGUCUAGGUGAAGAAUGGAUGGGAGGGGACGUGGCGCGGACUGUAGGGGGUGGCCAGAAAGUCCGGUGGCUGAAGAAAGAGCUGGAGAAGCAUGCGGACAAGGAGGACCUCAUCGUGAUGUUCGUCGACAGUUACGACGUCAUCUUUGCUGGUCCUCCUGUGGAGCUGCUGAAGAAGUUCCUAUACUUUAACCACAAGGUGGUUUUUGCAGCGGAGGGCUUCCUGUGGCCAGACCAGUCCUUGGAGGACCUGUACCCAGCCGUCCACAGCGGCAAACAGUACCUCAACUCUGGAGGGUUUAUCGGAUACGCUCCCUACGUCAACAACAUUGUCCAGCUGUGGAAGUUCAAGGACGACGAUGAUGACCAGCUCUUCUACACCCACAUCUACCUCAACCCCGAGCUCCGGGAAAAGCACAAGAUAACACUCGACCAUCGAUCCACCAUCUUCCAGAACCUCAACGGUGCUCUGGAUGAAGUGGUUCUGAAGUUUGAGAGAGGGAAGGCCAGAGUGCGGAACGUUGCCCAAGACACGUUACCGGUGGUUGUCCACGGCAACGGGCCUACCAAGCUCCAGCUGAAUUAUCUGGGAAACUACAUUCCCAACGCCUGGACACACGAGACCGGAUGUGGGAUCUGUGAGGAAGACUUGUUGGACCUUUCACAGUUCCAGGAUGAGGACUUCCCGCAUGUGACAAUUGGAGUGUUCAUCCUCCAACCCACCCCGUUCUUCCUUGAAUUCCUGGAGCGCCUCAUAACUCUGGAUUAUCCCCACGACCAGCUGAGCCUUUUCAUUUACAACCGGGAGGUUUACCACGAGAAACACAUCCAGGAGUUCUGGGACAAACACAGGGAUGACUUCUACACCAUCAAGGUCGUGGGGCCAGAGGAGGAGAUGACGGAAGGGGAGGCUCGAGACAUGGGAUUACACCUGUGUCGACAGGACCCGGACUGUGACUAUUAUCUGAGCCUGGACUCCGACGUGGCCCUGACCAACCCCGAGUCCCUGAAGAUCCUCAUCGAGCACAACAGGAAUGUGAUUGCCCCGAUGGUCAGUCGCCAUGGUAAACUGUGGUCCAACUUCUGGGGUGCGAUCAACUCUGAGGGAUAUUACAGCCGCUCGGAGGACUACAUUGAUAUCGUCCAGCUCAAGAGAGUUGGGAUCUGGAACGUUCCGUACAUCUCACAGGUCUACCUGAUCAAAGGCGAGGUUCUCCGCGCACACCUGAGGCAGAAGAAUAUGUUCACCCGUGACGAGCUGGACCCUGACAUGAUCUUCUGCAAGAAUAUCCGUGCAAAGGGAAUAUUCAUGUACCUGACCAACAUGGACGACUUCGGCCACCUCGUGUCAACGGACAACUACAACACCAGCCACCUGUACAACGACCUGUGGCAGAUCUUCUCAAACCCAGAGGACUGGCGUGACAAGUACAUCCAUGAGAACUACUCACAGAUCUUCAGUGGCAACAUCGUGCAGCAGCCGUGUCCCGAUGUCUACUGGUUCCCUAUUCUCAGCGAGGAAGCGUGUGACCAGCUGGUUCAGGAGUUGGAGCAUUACGGCCAGUGGUCGGGGGGGACACACGAGGAUUCCCGGCUCAGUGGAGGCUACGAGAACGUCCCAACGGUGGACAUCCACAUGAAGCAGGUGGGCUUUGAGCGGGAGUGGCUGAAGUUCCUGAGGGAGUACAUCGCUCCUGUCACCGAGAAACUCUACCCCGGAUAUUACACCAAGGCGGAGGCCGUCAUGAACUUCAUGGUCCGUUACCGGCCUGACGAACAGCCCUCCCUGCGACCCCAUCACGACUCGUCCACCUUCACCAUCAACAUCGCCCUCAACACCAAGGGAGUCGACUACGAGGGCGGAGGCUGCAGGUUCCUGAGGUACAACUGCUCGGUGGAAACCCCACGCAAGGGCUGGUCGCUCAUGCACCCGGGGCGGCUGACCCACUUCCACGAGGGCCUUCCGACAACCAGAGGGACACGAUACAUCAUGGUCUCCUUUGUGGACCCCUAGCGAAGGCCACGCCGGACUCCGAAGUGGGGGAGACCUCUCGCCUUUCCACCGGACUUUCUUACGAUUUAUUUAAGAGGCGACCUCUUGCUUCUCGCCUCCUCCCCUCGGUUGGACAGUCGGACAAUCAACACAACCGAAUCGUCGAUUUAAAGGAAAAAAAACCUCCCAAAUUGGUCCCGAACCUGCAUCUCCAAUCAAACGGGGUCUUCCUCACCCGGCCUCUCUGGAUUGGUUACCUCUCCUCUCCCCUCAGCACCCUUUGGCUUCUGAUUGGACAAUGUGGAUCAGUUCACCAUUCCUUUGGUUACCAUUGGUUAACCCAUUGGCUUCAGGUUCUUCUGAGAGGUGGGGGGGGGGGGGGUUCAAGGCUGCACGACGCAUUCAGUCCAGCAGGAAGGGUAAUGGUGACUCCAUUCUCCACACCUCAGUGCCUUUCUACUGUGGUUCCACCCAGAAGAGAUGCCAAGCGAAGAGAUGUGGCCACAGUCUAAUCCCCACCUUCUGCCCCAAUGUUCUGGGCUCUCCGGGGAGACAGAGAGAGAGAGAGAGAGACUCGGGGUCAAUGCUUUGGGCUUCUACCUUCACCUCGUCCCUCAAGAGUGAAGGCCAUCGACCAGAAGCCUUGCCUCUCCUCCUCCUCCUGUGUUUCCCUGGCUGGUUUUAUUUAACGGCGCCGGCAUCUGCGGGAUUCUUGAGCACGUUUUCCCUGGUACGGAGGGCAGAGAGAGCCGCAGGGGGAGGAGAGGGAGACCGCAGUCCACGUGGAGACUACCCACCGUCUCCCCUCCCCAUAUCCCGCACCAUCCUGGCUUGGAAGUAUAAUCGCCCCUCGCUGGAUCUAAAUCCCGGAAAGCCCCAGUGACAGCCCUGCAGGAGGGGCGGUGGGGGGGCACCUCAGUGGGACCCCUUCCUUUCAAAGCCUUCUCCAUCUACACACAGCUCCUCCCAAGGAUCACCACCAUCGGGGUCGCAGUGUCCCAGUCUGAGGGCCUCUUUGUGUUGUCGGUGGUUCCAGCUUCUCUUACAAAGUUGGAGGUCAUUCAGCCGAUCGAGUCUACGUCAAUCCCAUUCCCCCAUCUCCCCCCCAUCAGUUUCUCCUCCCCCGCCCCGGAUUCACCUGGUCACCCACACUCUAGGGGCCAAUUAACCCACCGACCCCUGAAGUGGGAGGGAACCGGAGCACCCGGGGGGAAACCCACGUGGUCACGGGGAGAACGUGCAGACUCCACACACACAGACAGUGCCAGAGGUCGGGAUCGAACCCAGGGCUCUGGGGCUGGGAGGCAGCAGCUCUACCCGCUGGGCUACUGGGCCAGGUGUGGUGCUGCAGUGGUAGUUGUUUGAACAGGCUGGGAGCAGGCGUGUGUAUGCACGCACUAAUUUGGGAGGCCUCGUCUUAUUUAUUACCAGCUGCUUUUUCUCCCUUGUGUGUGCAUUUUGUUUCAUGGUUACACUCUGUCCCGAAGCCGCUCCCGUCUUCCUCCCAUUCCCAACCCCCUCUGCUCUCCAGAGACAGGCCACGGCAUCCAUCUGGGGGGCGCGGAGAGGCCUGGACGGAGCCUGCAGAAACAAGCCAGGCCUCUCCAGGACAAGGAGUCCUUGUGCGUCCCUCUGCCCAGCAACAGACGCCGCUAGGCCGAGUCUUCAUUGCCUUGGUCCCAGGCCCAGCGCCGUUACCACCAGCGACGGGGGCCUAGCCUCAGCUGCCAUCUUGUGAGCAAGCAUAGGCCUGAUGCAGAGUUGCUCCUUAUACCCACUCCUCUGCCUCCACACACACACACCCCCCCCAAAUCCCCAAAAAAUGGUGCUUUUCUCCCCACCCCAAGACACCCCUUCCCCUUGCAGGUCACAAUCGUUCCUCAAUUUGCUCCUGAUGUCCACCAGAAUUCCCGAGAGCCUUCAGGCAGGAAGACACUAAUGAGUUCCAGAUGUGAGCGGGCGCCACGUACACCUUGACGUGUAACUGUUGUAUAUUUCAUGUUUUAUCUUAAAAUAUGUGACUGGACGAACCUCUCAAAUUAUAAAAUGCUCAGCUGCCAGCGAAGCUCUGGUAACUCAUUGCAUGUUCCAUGAGCUGGUGGGCAGAGGAUGCCCAAAGGACCCCACCUGCCCCCACACUGGGAGACAGCCUACCCCCUCCUACCCUCUUCCCGAGGGCACCGGAACAGUGCAGAGGGAGUGCCACCUAGUCUGAGGAGCCAGUCCUGGCCCAGGCCUGACAGGAACGUUAAUCCCUCCAGUUAGUUACUCUGAACGCUCGUGGGAUCUUACUCUGCACCUUGGCACUUCUCUGGGUGAUGCUGGCGAAACUCUUCACUGGGUUGGUUGGAGGGAAGUGGGGAGCAGGUGGGAACAACUCCCGGUGUAAACCCUGGGGUCUAGCGGAACGAUAGCCGACGUUCGGAUCGGUUCCCGCCCCUGUUUCGGAAUUCCAGUACCGUUCUGGUUCUCUGGCCCCCCACCCCCCCUUCCCUCGACCACCCCCUUCAAGUUCGUCCUCCAUAGGCCCCAAAACCCGUGGAUAAACAUCGCCCCCUCACCCUCCUGUAAACACUGACCAACGUCGACUACUGAAAGAUAGAGUGAUCUAUCCCAACGAAUGAUCCCAGGAGUGAACGGGUUAACGUACUAGGAGCGUUUGAUGUCUCUGGGCCUGUACUCUAUGGAGUUCAGAAGGAUGUGGGUGGGGGUGGAACCUCAUCCUGAGAGGUCUGAACGUGAGGAGGACGUUUCCAUCAGUGGGAGAGUCCAGGAUCUGAGGGCACAGCUUCAGAAUAAAGGGACGUCCCUUUAGAACUGAGAUGAGGAGGAAUUUCUUCAGCCAGAGGGCAGUGAAUCUGUGGAAUCCGUUGACAUAGCGGGUGGUGGAGGCCAAGUCAUUGGGUGUAUUUAAGGCAGAGAUCAAUAGGUUCUGGACUGGUGAGGGGGUUAAGAGGAGAAUGGGGUUGUAAUAAAUGAUCAGCAGACUCGAUGGGCCAAAUGGCCCAAUUCUGCUCCUGUAUCCAGGCUGUGCCUCGUGGGAGGAGGCCGUUUGGCUCAGCGUCAAUGCCUGCGGCCUGCCUCGUUUACGAGGCCUCUCGUUAUAAAUGGCCGCAGUUGGGGUUUUAUUGGCCUUCAGCUGUUUCCCCACUGCAUCGUGACUCCCUGCCCGAUGACUCUGCAAUCUGGCCAGUCUCCCAGCCCCCUUGACCCCCACCACCACCAUCCACAGGCCUGGAAUGAAGCCAGGGACUUUCCUGAAGAGAAUGUUCAAGGCCAUGCCCUCCCUAGCUGGGGGCCAGCUGUUGCAAAACACCACCAGGCUUGUGACCCCGAGGACGGUUUAAUUUAAUAAAACAGCAGCUCACCCUCA